CUAUAGAGACUCGGAAGCUUCGGCAGCUGGGAAAGAUGGAGGUUCCGGAGGUUGGACGUUCCGCUGAGGAAGAAGAGGACUUUCAUGACUGCCCCGAGGAGCUCGUAGAAACGAAUGGGGCGGCGGAGGAAGACGAAGAGGACAAUGUACACGAGGCGGCAGGUGGAACAGAAGAGGUAGAAGGUUCUGGAGCCGUGUCUGCUGACGAGGAGGGGGCUGGACCAGCCGGAGAUGAUGUGGAGCUGGAUGAGGAGACGCUGCUGGAGAUGGAGAAGGGGCUUCCCGCAGAGGAGAGAGAGGAGAGGAGAAAGCAGAGCACUCAGUUAAAAGAAGAAGGAAAUGAGCUCUUCAAGAAAGGCGAUUAUGUUGAAGCUGAAGACAUUUACUCUCAGGCACUUCUAAAAUGCCCGGCCAGUUACCAGAAAGAAAGAGCUAUUCUAUAUUCUAACCGAGCAGCCGCCAGAUUAAAACAGGACAAGACAGAACCUGCAAUAACAGACUGUACAAAAGCAAUAGAGUUAAAUCCUGACUACAUCCGCGCAUUGCUGAGGAGAGCUGAACUGUACGAGAAGACUGAUAAGCUGGAUGAGGCUCUGGCAGAUUACAAAUCAGUCAUGGAAAAAGACUUGUCAUGUCGCCAAGCCAAAGAGGCCUGCAUGCGUCUGCCUAGGCAAAUUGAGGAAAGAAAUGAGCGAUUAAAGGAGGAAAUGAUGAGUAAAUUAAAGGAUUUAGGAAACUUGGUCCUCAAGCCUUUUGGACUAUCCACACAAAACUUCCAAGUCAACCAGGAUGCUUCAACAGGAUCGUAUUCAAUCAACUUUAUUCAAAAUCGAAACAAUAACACAUGAUAUGCAUUCAGCCAAUGAGACCAGAUUGCUACAUGGGUGGAAUAGACUUGAGUCUCCCUUGCUGUGCUGCUCCAGAGGACGUUAUCAGAUAUUCCACCGCCUUCAUUUUUUAUUUUUAUUUUAUUAAUUUAUCCUUCAAGUAAUCUUAAAGGAGGCCUUCCACCCAUGUCAAUAAUAUAUAAUUUUUUUUUUUCCUACCUGGCUGUAAUGAGGUAUGAGUAGUGGGAGACUAAUUACAGUAUCUCACCAAGUUUGUCCUUUGUGUGCAUGGACCAGUGUUUUAACCACUGUGAGGAGAUAUCAAAGAUUUAAAGGGUAUUCCAGUCCAAUAAAAAAAGUCCCAUGGCCUGCAAAUGGU